UGCAUUUCUUUUCUUCUUAUCAACAAAAGACAGACCACAGUUCCAAUUAUACCAUAAAAUCAUUAAUACAACCACACAAAAAUACCUUGCUAUGGAAGCAACACAUCUCUUACCAACCAGGAACCUUUGCUCAACUUCAUGCUGGCCAAACCAGAGGCUUGUUGCACCUUGGAGGAGAAGAUCAUCUUCUUCAUCAUCAUCGAUUGUUGUUUCGGUGCUUACACCGCCUGCAGAUAACAGAAUCGCCUUGACCGACGGGAGCAGUUUAAGGCCACCAGAGGUAUCCCUUGGAGACUACAGUGAUAGCUGGUUUGAUAGGAUUGCCAUAAACCAUCUCUCGCAAAGUGUUCAGGCCGCAACAGGGCUGAGAAAUAGUAAGAGUGGUUAUGAUAGCUUGGUGGAGGCAGCUACUGCGGCUUCAAAGAGCUUUGGUCCAUCGAAACAGCGUGAACUUGUCAUACAAGCUCUUGAGAAAGCUUUUCCCAGGCCAAUCCUCUCCCUGAUAAAAACAUUGCUUCCACAAUCUAAAUUUGCAAGAGAGUACUUCGCUGUCUUCACUACCUUGUUUUUUGCGUGGUUGGUCGGUCCCUGCGAGGUCAGGGAAUCGGAGAUCAAUGGAAGAAGAGAAAAAAACGUAGUCCACAUAAACAAAUGCAGGUUUUUAGAGAAGACCAAUUGUGUAGGCUUGUGCAGUAAUCUCUGUAAGGUACCAUCUCAGACUUUCAUAAAGGAAUCCCUGGGGAUGUCAGUCAACAUGGUUCCAAAUUUUGAAGAUAUGAGUUGCGAGAUGAUAUUUGGUCAGGAUCCUCCAGCACUGAUGGAUGAUCCAGCAUUCAAGCAACCGUGCUACAAAUUAUGCAAAGCAAAACAAAGGCACAAUACCAAAUGUCCUACCUAAUGCCUAAGAACAUGAACAAGUGCCAUCUUCAACUCAUCCUUCUGACACAUGAAGACUAAAUUACCUCGUCAAUCAAGCAGUACAAAAAGGCUAGUCCAUGGCAUGAUUCAUUGACCACCAGAUGAAAUACAAAGAUCAUAUAAGGGGAAAGGAUAACAUCUGUGAUUGAACUUUAUAAUUUUAUUGUUGAAAAACAACACGGGGAAAGUUUAAGAAUACACAUCUCUUAAAUUUUUUUGAAAAUGUAAACAGGAUUGUCGAAGUAGCAAAAAAAGUUCUUCUACGAAUU